CAGAGGAAGAAGAGGCAGAAGAGUGGCACGCACGAUUUGAGUGGAGGGGUCCGUUUUAAAGGGAAACCAAUGUUGAGGUUCGUGGUGGGAAUAGCGGGAUCUGGGACAGCUGCUGGUUGCAGGCAUCGAGCGGCAUAACACAAGCAGUGUGCCAUCCCCCUGUCCUCCUCUCAUGCCCCCCCGUGUCUGUCCUCCCUACCUGUUAGUGUCCCCACCUUGUCCCCUCAUUGUCUGCCUUGUCCAGCCUGAAGCCCUCCUCUCCCUCAUGCUUUGAACAAAGAUCGCACACUGCCAGUCCAAUGACUGCCUGGAUCGUCUUGCCUGUCAGCCUCUCUGCCUUCUCCAUCACAGGAAUAUGGAUAGUCUACGCCAUGGCUGUGAUGAAUCAUCACGUUUGUCCUGUGGAGAACUGGUCCUACAAUGUGACAUGUACAGAGGAGAUGGCCAGGCCAGGCUUCCCUAAGACGUGCUGCACCAUACAGGACAUCCCUCUCAUCAGUAAAUGUGGCUCCUUCCCCCCUGAGAGCUGUCUGUUCAGUCUGAUCGGGAACGUCGGAGGCUUCAUGGUGGUGAUGGUGUGCCUUCUGCGCUAUGCCCAGGUGAUUGAGCACAGCCACGGUUGCUGGAUUAACACCAACGCCCUGUUGUCUGGCUGCACCAACGCUGUAGGACUGGUCAUGGUGGGAAACUUCCAGGUUGACCAUGCCAAGUCUCUGCACUACGUUGGCGCGGGCGUGGCAUUCCCUGCGGGUCUGCUCUUCGUGUGCCUGCAGUGUGUUCUCACCUACCGGAUGGCCAUCACCGCCCUUGACUACUGGAUGGCACAUGUCCGUGUGGCGCUGGCCGCAGGAGCCCUGGUCUCACUUGUCCUUAGUGGUAUCUUCUUCAUCCACGAGAGCUUUGUUCUCCAGCAUGCAGCAGCCAUCUGCGAGUGGGUCUUCACCGUGGACAUCCUUGUCUUCUACGGCACCUUCACCUACGAGUUUGGCACGGUCACCAACGACACCAUGAUGGUCGGCCUGCAGCAGACCCACCACCACUCAGGGGUCAUGAUGGGCGGCACGGCCGGGGCCAUGUCGCUGGGCAUGGGAGCCAAGGGCCUAAAGUCCCCUGGAGGAAGCAGCACAUCCACCCAUCUCAACUGCACCCCAGAGAGCAUAGCCAUGUUGUAGCUCUGCAGGGGUCAAGGAGUUCACCACACUGCUGCAGAUGGGAACCACCACACAGGCAGCAGGAGUCAAUGAUGGCACUGGCCAGCCAGAGGGAGGAGACAAGACAUUGGAAAUCACAAGAGUGACACACCGGGUCGGUAUAGCUGUAUUGAGUUUUUGUGUUUUAAUAAGCCAUCUGCUUCUCCACUACGGUUGAAUUUCCUUCGCUUCAUCAGCAGAAAGGAACACUUACACAAAGAUGAAAUAUCUGGGGUGAUGAUGCUGUGACUGUUUCCAAGAUGGCUACUGGCCUCUGCACACUGACAUGAUACCUUCUUUCUUAAAGAUCGGUCACUGAGGCUUUUGCCAGUGUUCAUCCUUGUCAUGUUGGGAUGACAGACACAAAAUAAGGUUUAUUUUAUAUGCCAACUUUUAGGUUUUUUUCUGCCACAUUUUACAGACUUCCUCUACCUGGCCAUGGCUUGUGGUGGGGCCCGGUCUCUCAUGCCAUUCAACUCUGCACGCUACAAUUUGAAUGAGAGAGUAGAGUGCGUCGUUGGAUUGAUCAGACUGAGUUUUUUUCUUUUGUCUGUACUCUGCCAAUGUUAACGCAUCGUAAUAGAAAAUAUUGAAUGUUUGAGAAGUGGAACUAUAGAUUGUAUACCGUUAUGUACAUGACAGUUCAGUCUGGCCUCAGAGCAAUACAAAAUGUACUAAAUGUAUUUCUGAGCACCUCCCAGACGUAUGAUACCUACUAAUGGUUUAGUUACUUGACACAAACUAAAGUAGGGAGGUUGGUUAAAGAGGAUGGUUGGGCGUAACCCGCGACAGACUAGCAAGCCAAAGGUUGCAUGUUUUAGAAACGUUAGGGACAACUAUAGCAUUUUAGCUAACCCUGAUUGUAAACGUAACCAAAUCCACCUAACCUUUGUCAUUCGUUCCCCUAACUGCCAAUGUUAAUUCUCCUUUGUUAUGGUGCAACAAGCAACCUGGUCUCAAAUAAAGAUGUGCAAUACUAUA